ACCAUCAAUUAAAUCAAAAUCUUACACGUUUCUUCGUUUCUCAUAUAUAUUUCAUACUGUUUGUUCUUCCUUUCACAAAACUAAAUCACUUUUAAUUUCAGUAACAAUUAUUGAGAGCUACACAUACAUGAGAGGUAUGGAUAUUAAGGUUCAGAAAGGUGGGUCUGCAAAGGAAAAUGAGACAGGGGUAAGAAAAGGUCCUUGGACGUUAGAAGAGGACACCAUUCUGGUUGAUUACAUUACAAUACACGGUGAAGGUCACUGGAAUACCCUUGCAUCUUCUGCAGGUUUGAGGAGAAGUGGUAAAAGUUGUAGAUUAAGGUGGUUAAACUACUUGCGUCCCGAUUUACGUCGUGGAAAUAUCACACUUCAAGAACAGAUAUUGAUUCUUGACCUCCACUCUCGCUGGGGCAAUAGGUGGUCGAAAAUUGCACAACAUCUACCAGGUAGAACGGACAAUGAAAUAAAAAACUAUUGGAGAACAAGAGUGAUCAAACAAGCAAAGCAACUCAAAUGUGAUGUAAACAGCAAACAGUUCAGAGAUGUAUUGCGUCACGUUUGGAUGCCCCGAUUACUCGAACAAAUUCAACCCGCACCACAAUUCCCCGACACGAAUAAUCCAAACGGAUCACAUAUCCUUCUUCACCAAAACACAUUGCAAAGUUCAGUUUCAGGAAUCAGUGGUAUUUCCUCGGACUCUUCAUCAGUAGAAUUCCAAGUUGCUUCAAAUUCGGACCAAAAUGAUUCUUCGGAGCUUUUGGGCCAUGAAGGUUCAAAACUAUGGUCAAGUUUCAAUAACCAGCAGGUUUCAGAACAGGAGAAGAGCGGUGCUUGUGAUGGUGACUCGUUGUGGAACGAUGAGAACAUGUGGUUUUUGCAACAACUUUAUGAAGAUGUUGAAAUAAAAUACAAUUUACUUGCGUGACGCUUUGUGGGAAUAAUUUAAUUCACAGUAGUGUGAAAUAUUGAAAAAAAAUGGUAUACGGCACUAAGUAGAUCAAUAGGUAUAUUUGUCGCAUUAGGGGAUGAGUUUUUCCUAGACGUGUUGCUACAAAUACAUAAAUAUUGCACGCACCAAGUUUUUUUUCUUGUGCAAUUAUGAUCAGUUUUACUGAGAAAGCUAACGUGUCUUUUUAAGUUUUAUAUUAAAAAGUUGUGUAAUUAUUGUAUUGAUAAAAAUAACAAUUUGUAUUUUAAAUUAAACAUUCCUUUAGUGAAACCUUUGAACAAUGUUUA